CCUCGGUCCUCCGGCCGGCCGACCCGCGGGCAGGCACCGCGGGUGCGGGCCGACCUCGGGCGGCGGCGGAGCAGGGCUCUAGAGAGCCCCGGGAGCUGGCAGGUCUGCGCGUGGACCACGACGACCUGGCGUUCGCGGGAGUCGGGCGCAGCUGACCACCAGCAGCACCCCGCAGCUGGCCGCGAUGGUGACCGGCGUGAGCCUCCUGCUGCGCUCCCUGCCACUGCUGCUGUGGAGCUGCCGGGACGCACAGCCCGCCCGGCUAGGACGCCCGGAGCUGCGCCAGGAGGCGGAGGCAUUCCUGGAGAAAUAUGGAUACUUCAAUGAGCAGGGUUCGAAAGCUCCAGCCUCCACACAGUUCAGCAAUGCCAUCAGAGAGUUCCAGUGGGUGUCCCAGCUGCCCAUCAGUGGCAUGUUGGACCAGGCCACACUGCAUCAGAUGACACUUCCGCGCUGUGGGGUUGCAGACGCUGACAGUCAUGCAGCUUGGGCAGAGAGGAUCAGUGCCCGGUUUGCUGGACCCUGGGCCAAAAUGAGACGUAAGAAACGCUUUGCGAAGACAGGUAACAAAUGGUACAAGCAGCAUCUCUCCUACCGCCUGGUGAACUGGCCUGAGCGCCUGCCCGAGCCAGCUGUGCGAGGGGCCGUGCGAGCUGCCUUCCGGUUGUGGAGCAAUGUGUCAGCGCUGGAGUUCUGGGAGGCCCCAGCCACAGGCCCUGCUGACAUCCGCCUCACCUUCUUCCAAGGGGACCACAAUGAUGGGCUAGCCAACGCAUUCGAUGGCCCAGGGGGCGCCCUGGCGCACGCCUUCCUGCCCCGCCGGGGCGAAGCGCAUUUCGACGGAGAUGAGCGUUGGUCCCUGAGCCGCCGCCGCGGGCGCAACCUGUUCGUGGUGCUGGCGCACGAAAUCGGCCACACGCUCGGUCUCGCGCACUCGCCCGCGCCGCGCGCGCUCAUGGCGCCCUACUACAAGAAGCUGGGCCGCGACGCCCUGCUCAGCUGGGACGACGUGCUAGCGGUGCAGAGCCUGUAUGGGAAGCCUCUGGGACGCUCAGUGGCCACCCAGCUCCCCGGAAAGCUAUUCACUGACUUUGAGGCUUGGGACCCUCGCAACUCCCGGAGGAUACGCCCCGAAACCAGAGGUCCUAAAUACUGCCACUCUUCCUUUGAUGCCAUCACAGUAGAUGGACAGUGGCGACUGUACGUCUUCAAAGGAAGCCACUUCUGGGAAGUCACAGCUGACGGCAAUGUUUCAGAGCCCCGUCUCCUACAGAAAAGGUGGCCUGGGCUGCCUCCCAAUGUCGAGGCAGCUGCAGUGUCGCUGGAAGAUGGAGACUUCUACUUCUUCAAAGGGAGUCGAUGUUGGAGGUUCCAGGGCAUGAAGUCUGUGUGGGGUAACUCAAAACUGUGCCAGGCUGGAGGUCUGCCCAGACACCCGGACGCAGCUCUCUUCUUCCCGCCUCUGCGCCGCCUUGUCCUCUUCAAGGGCGCCCGCUACUACGUGCUGGCUCGAGGCGGGAAGCAAGUGGAGCCCUACUAUCCUCGCAGCCUGAGGGACUGGGCCGGGGUCCCUGAGGAGGUCAGUGGCGCCCUACCAAGGCCGGAUGGCUCCGUCGUCUUCUUCAGAGAUGACCACUACUGGCACCUGGAUCAAGCCAAACUGCGGGUGGCCAGCUCCGGCCGCUGGGCCACAGAGCUGCCCUGGAUGGGCUGUUGGAAUGCCAACUCAGGAGGUGCCCUGUUCUGAAGGCGCCCCAUGCUGAAUGAACAGUGGUUGCCCCCGCCCAAGGGGCGGGACCUGUCUAGGGAGUCUUGAACCUCGCAGGAACUUCCCACUAUCACUGGGCUCAGCAGGAAAUCGGCAUUUAUCUCCCCCCCACCCCCCGCCUCGUGGUCGAAGGAGAAACGAAAAUAGGGUUCCCAUAGCCCUUUCCCUCAAGGACCUCCUUCCUUCCCACUCCUGAGGGGAUUCUGUUCUGAUGAAGGUGCGGUCCCAUGCCCGUAGUGCUGAGUCCCACCAGAGAAGAUGCAAAACUCAACUGGGGGUGAGGACCACUCUGCAGGACCUCCCUUUCUAUGCCUUUCAGGCUCAGUUCUUGGGAAAUCACGUAUUAUUCCAUCAGAGACCUCACCCUACUUCCCACGCCCAGCAAGUUUGGAUGUGGUGAAGGCUCCUCUCCACUGUCAGGGGCCCUUUGCUGGAUCAAGAGGCAGAGCAGAAGGGAAUGUGGUCCUCUUAGGCCUGACUUCUUGUCUGGGGUGAUGAAGAAGUACCCCUAGCUGGUCAGCCCGGAGGUGUAGCAGCCUUCCUUGGGCAGCCUCAGUAGAAGCAGAUGAGUGUGGGGCGCUUGAGACACGGGGACCAUGCUCUUACAUCCAACUAAGGGACAACCAGCUGCGUAUGGUUGUCAUGGAGGGGGGGGGGGCGCACCUCUCUUCAAAAAGCAGACCAUCUUCACCAGUUUGCCUUCCAGAUGGCAGAGGGUCCUUCGGGGUCUGACCAUUGCAGGCACUGGGAAUACAGCCUCCAUAGUGCUCUGCAGGUUGGGUGAGGCCUGUUUGCUCUCAAUGGCCCCAUUCUCCAGGCCACACACGCAGCAGCAUUCCAAAGUUCAUGCUGUCUAGCCAAGAAUAGCUGGGAUUCCUGGAGAAGGAACCAGCUCCCCAGCUUUCCCCUUUUGUCUGAGCCAGUCUUGGUAUUAAUUUUAGCAUCUGGAUCUCCAUCCCACCCUGCCUCCCCCUCCAUCUCCACCUACCAAUGCCUCUGCGAGCGCGCGAGCGCGCGCGCGCGCGCGCACACACACACACACACACACACACACACACACACACACACACACAGUGACCACCGAGAGCCAGCUCUCAGGGAGGGGAGAACGAUUUGGCAGGGGGGCAGCCCACAGUUCCCCAGAGGCAUUGCUGGCCCUGUGCCCUCCUUUCUUCUCUGUGCAGUGGACAGAAUGGCCUUUGACUGCCCUUAGAUGCAA